GUUAGUUCAAAGGAUUGUUGAUGAUAUUUCAUUGAAAUUGCCUAAAUAUCUAUCAAAUGAGCAUUUAUAUGGGCAACACAUUGGAAUUGGAAAAAAGAUCAAAGAAAUUGAAUUAUUGUUAUCAACUGGCUCAAAAGAUGUUCGUAUUGUAGGUAUUUAUGACAAUGGGAGGUAUUGGUACGACCACCCUGGCUAAUGUUGUAUAUCAAAGAUUAUCAUAUUCUCAUUUUGAAGGUUGUUGCUUUCUUUGGAAUGUGAGGGAAGAAUACACAAAACAUGGACCAAAUCAUUUGAGAGAAAAACUUCUAUCCGAGUUGUUAAAUGAUGAAGCUAUUCUAAAGAUGGAUUCUCCAUUAGUGGCGUCACCUUUCAUUCUUGGUAGACUUAGACGUAAAAAGGUACUCAUUAUUCUAGAUGAUGUGGAUAGUUCAAUCCAGUUAGAAGCUUUAGUUCAAGGAUACGAUUGGCUUGCUCCUAGUAGUAGAAUCAUUGUUACAACUAGAAAUGUGCAAGUUAUCAAGAAAGUAGCUAAUAGAUUUUACAAGGUUGAGGGAUUAAGUCAUAAUGAAUCUCUAGAGCUCUUCCAUCUGCAUGCUUUUGGAAAAAAUUCUUCUAUAAUGGGCUAUGAUCAAUUGCUAUUAGAAAGGGUGGCAAGGUAUGCAAAUGGAAAUCCAUUGGUUCUUAAGGUCUUAGGUUCUUUCCUACAUUCCAAAAGCAAAGAAGAAUGGGAAAUUGCAUUAAAUAAAUUGAAAAUAAUGCCAAACCAGGAAAUCCAAGAUGUGUUGAGAAUAAGUUAUGAGGGAUUGGAUGAUCAAGGGAUCAAAAGUACAUUUCUUGACAUUGCUUGUAUAUUUGAUCAAUCUUUUACUAGAGAUCAAGCAGAAAACAUGUUAGAGGCCGGUGAUUCAUUUGUGAAACUAGGAAUAAGUGUUCUCAUGGAUAGGCCUUUAAUUGAAAAUGGUGAAAUAAAAAAUGAGUUAUGGAUGCAUGAUUUGAUACAACAAAUGGGUCGGACAAUUGUUCAUGAUGAACAUAGAGAACCUGGUAAUCGUAACAGGCUGUAUGAUGCUAAAGAUAUCUGCCACGGAACUGUAACAAUUGAAUGCAUAUCACUCAACAUGUCUACAAUUGACAGAGAUGUGAAAGUUUGUCAUGCAGCUUUUUCUAAGAUGCAUAAUCUACGAAUUCUCAAAAUUUACAUCUGUGGCCGUUGGCAUGAUAUCAAAUUCAAACUAUACCUUCCUGAAGGUCUUGAUUCUUAUCUUUCUGAUAAGCUAAAUUAUUUUCAAUGGGAUCUAUAUCCUUUGAAGUCAUUGCCAUCACAUUUUACUCUGGAGAAUCUUGUUGAACUGAUACUACGUGGCAGCCAUCUAAAGAAACUUUGGAAUCAUGAAGUUCAGGUAUACUUCAUUUAA